GCAAACAAACGCAUCGCGAAGUUAUCCUACAGCUGAGUGGAGCAGACAAUUAGCUUCUCCGGCGCGGGAAUAUCUCGUCGUCUUCUCCCCACCUUCCGCAAACUGGGUAAUAAACAUAAAAAAUGGAUAUAUCUUGUGCAUACAUACAUUGCUUGAAUUUCACUACGUUGAAAUUUCCUUGCCCAUCAUGUUCUCUCUCUGCUGGCACAUUUCCAUCAGUGCCUUCAAGCAGCACUAAUCAUGCUAAUAGAAUGUCCUGGGAGCAUAAGCUCAAAUCUUUGAUGGUAUGCGCACGGAAGAAUUUCAGAGGUAAUGCCGAUCAAAUCAUUGAUAUCACUCCAAGUGAAACGGGCAGCAGCAAUGUUCCAAAUGAAAAGGCUGUUAAAGGGUCUGGGACUACAGCAAGAGGACGCCGUUUGUUGAAAGUUCAGGAGGAAAAGAGAAAACGUGAUUACGAGCAGCUCCAUAAUUAUCCUACUUGGGCAAAGGUAUUGGAGGAUGCCUGUAAAAAUGAUUCUGAGCUAAGAGCUGUUCUGGGAGAUAGCAUUGGUAACCCCGAGCUCAUGAGAAAAAGGGUUGAAGAUAGAGUUCGAAAGAAGGGCAGAGAAUUCCAGAAAUCUAAAUCUGGAUCUGUCCUUGCAUUCAAAGUCAGCUUUAGAGAUUUCAACCCUCUCGAUUCCUACAUAUGGUUUGAGUUAUAUGGAUCACCUUCUGAUCGAGAUGUUGACCUUCUUGGCAGCGUCAUUCAAUCGUGGUAUCUGAUGGGUCGCUUAGGGGCAUUCAAUUCAGCCAAUUUGCAGUUAGCUAACUCAUCAAUGGAGUACGAUCCUCUCUAUGAUGCCGACAAGGGCUCUAAGGCUAUGCCUUCCUCAUUUCACGAUAUAAGCGAUGUUGAAUUCCAGGACAACUGGGGCAGGGUUUGGGUGGAUCUUGGUACAGCCGAUUUCUUUUCAAUAGAUGUCCUUUUGAACUGCUUGACUGUAUUAAGCUCAGAGUACUUGGGCAUUCAACAAGUUGUAUUUGGAGGCCGCCGGAUGGGAGACUGGGAAGAAGGAAUGACAUGUCCUGAUGAUGGUUACAAGUCCUUCAAAAUAUGAAGGUAUCGGCAAUAAAGAUAACUAAAAUUACUAUUGUCAUUCACUAUUUGCACAACUACUCGAUCCGUAUAAAUUUGAGCAGAUUAUUAGAGAUGCAUCCCACUAAUUUUUAGAUGGCCCCAAUGGAGAAAUUUUUAUAGAUUUGCCCCUACUCCACUCUACUCUACACUCAAAAUCGCAUAAGUAUUUGAAUUUGUUGUUCAUAUAUUUGCGGAAUCAUAUUGUCUUUGAUGAUGCAUCAUCGUGAAAAGGAAAAAACAAGUCCUUCCAUUUUAUACGGCAGACAA